GUUUUUUCCUCACACAUCGGCACAAUUAAUGAAUUUGGACCGGUCAUUAUGAUGCAUUAUUUUUUACUAUAUUUAAAUUAAGAAAAUCUUGAUACAGAUCUUUUUCCUUUAAUCAAACAUUGAGAUCUAUUUUAAUACUUUAUACGCUAUUCAAUUUAUUCCAUCACUUUCAAACUAUUACUAAUAAGUUUAAAUCAGCAUUAGCAUAUUUUUUUGGCCCAAUGUUAUCAGAUUUGUUCUAUUUUGGCAUCAAACUUUUGAAGGGUCGUAUCAUAUUUUCAAUAUUUAUAUACUUAGAUAAUUCCAUUUUAAUGCAUCAAAAACAAAGUUAGUCAAGAAUUAAUGGGCCAAAUUAUAAAUAUUGCAAAACUCAAUCGACAUCCGAAAUGACAAAUAUACCCUUGUCGGAGAUAUGGUCCCGACCCAACUAAAUCCGACGCCUACCCCACCUCCCCAAAUCUCACGUUGUCCUCUUCUUUUCCGCUUUCCAUUAAAAAAAAAACUCAAAAUUCGCAACAAAAUUCAACCCCCCCACCGCCAAUUCUCGCUCCGCCGCCAAUCGCCGCCGGAGUUAUCACGCCUUUACUUAAUCCUUCCUCCAUCCAAUUGCCUCGGGCACACAUCCCCAAUCGCACAGUGCGAGUAACAGAAUAAGGCGUAGCGCCAAAAUUGGAGUCCUACAAUGGGGGUGGAUUACUACAACAUCCUCAAAGUCAACCGCCACGCCAGUGUCGAAGAUUUGAAGCGAGCCUACCGCCGCUUGGCGAUGAUUUGGCAUCCCGAUAAGAAUGCGAACAAGCAGGAAGCCGAGGCCAAAUUCAAGCAGAUUUCCGAAGCCUACGAUGUCCUCAGCGACCCGCAGAAGCGCCAGAUCUACGACCUAUACGGCGAGGAGGGGCUCAAAUCUGGCCAAUGCCCGCCUCCGCCGCGCAGUACGCGGGCCAAUAAUAACCAGGGGUUUCAGUACAAUAACCAUCAGCAGCACCCCAACCCUAAUUUCAGAUUUAAUCCCAGGAAUGCGGAUGAUAUUUAUGCCGAGUUUUUUGGGGAGAGCAGUAAUGGGAAUGCCGGCGCUGGUGGAAGUAGUAGUAGUAGUAGUGGUGCCGGUAGGAGAGAUGCGUUUUUUAGGAGCACGACGAUGAAUGGUGGGGCUAGGGAGACUUCGGGGGGUGGAGGAUUGAGGAAGGCGUCGCCUGUGGAGAAUGCGCUGAUGUGUAGCUUGGAUGAAUUGUAUACUGGCUCCACGAGGAAGAUGAAGAUUUCAAGAAAUGUUCUUGAUUCUCAUGGUAGGACUCGUAUGUUGGAUGAAAUCCUGACUAUUGACAUAAAACCUGGUUGGAAGAAGGGCACGAAGAUUACUUUCCCAGAGAAGGGCAAUGAAGAACCUGGUGUGAUUCCUGCAGAUCUCAUUUUCGUAGUAGAUGAAAAACCUCACUCGGUUUAUACAAGGGAAGGGAAUGACUUGGUGGUGAAGCAGGAGAUAACUCUCCUUGAGUCCCUCACUGGGAAAACUUUUGAGCUUACCACACUGGAUGGCCAUACCCUAACAGUUCCUUUAACAGAGAUUGUGAAACCUGGACAUGAGAUUUCUGUCCCUAAUGAAGGGAUGCCCGUCUCGAAGGAUCCUAGGAAAAGAGGAUGUCUGAGGAUUCAAAUUGACGUGAGAUACCCCAAAAGGUUGACCGAAGCCCAAAAAUAUGAACUGAGGAGGGUUUUGGGAGGAAACUUGUGAUAUCAUCUCCUGAAUCAUACGAGCCACACUAUUAGUACAGGCAAAUGGUGCAGCGUCCAGGUGUAAAUACCGAAUAAAGGUUGCUGCUAUUGAAGUAUGUGAAUAUUAGAAAGAUGCUGAAAAAUUUCUUCUCAACAGCUCCUCCAUUCCAUGCCUCUUGUUGAAGUAAGCAGAUACCAGUAUGAGUGUUGGUGGGAUAAGAAGAUGUUCUUCGCCAUAUAUGUCGGUAUGAUAAUUUGUUUCUUGCUUAUUUUUUUCCUCCUUGGAGGUUAAUGGUUUUCUUUCUACUUGUGGACUAGAUUUAAUUGUGCUUAUUAGCAGAGAUGAUUGAGAUUUUUUGUUGCUGAACAGAUUUAAGUUUCUUAUAUAGGGUAUCAUCCAGCUAAUAAAAAUUUGAUCCAUCUCUCA